AUGGCCUCUUCCAAGAAGAAACUUACACCUCUUUCAGAUCAGGAAAUCCAAUCAAAAUACGGUCAGUUUCAAUCUGACUUGCAGGCUGUAGCAAGCAAAAUUGGAGAGUUAGAGUCAGAAGCCGAUGAACACAGUCUAGUCCUCACUACCCUCGAUGAGGCUUUGCAAGACGAUCCAGACCGUAAAUGCUUUCGUCUAAUCGGUGGAGUUCUGGUCGAGCGCACAGUCAAGGACGUCGUUCCAGCACUACACACAAAUCGGGAUGGGAUACGGACAGCGGUUAAAGGUUUAGCGGAUCAGUAUACGAGUAAAGAAAAAGAAUUCGAAACUUUCAAAGAAGAUUAUAAAAUCCGAGUUGUUGGUAGAGUGUAG